AGCUCCUAUUCCAACGAAAAUGCCCAUUCGGACCGAGAAGACAUUGACUACCAGAGGGUUCCUCGGAGGACGCCUAUGGCUUGUCAAUUCUGCAGAGCACGCAAGCUGAAAUGCGAUGGGCGACAGACGUGCGCAAAUUGCAUUCGUCGGGGACUCAUCUGCAGCUACGUACCAGUGUACGUGCACAUACGUCUGGCAACCGUGAACGAGCCCUAA